AUGUCCUCCAACGACUCAGAUUCACCCUCCACCAAGCACCCAACAUGGGGUGUAACAUGCCUCCCCUGCCAGGGUUACAAGCUCGACGGCGUCGCCCCUCCCUGCACCUCUAAGAACUCUACCCGCAACUUCACCUGCGUAGAGGCCGAAAUCAAGCUCUACGACGCCAUUAAACACCUCGAACAUGUCGAAAAAAUGCCGUAUAACUGGGUGGAUCACCCACACAACAUGAUCCCCAAGGCAAAAGAGGUUAUGAAGCUGUGGCAACAGGUCACCUCAGAGGACCUCAAAAUCCAACAUGAGUACCUCCACAACCACAACUAG